UUAUGCUGUUGUCAAAUUUCCAAUACAUUCUCAAGUGAAGGCCCAGGAGAAUGCAGUUUGAAAUUGGAUUGGCCAACAAGACAAAAGAUUUGUAUUGCUAUUGCCAGAGGUUUGGCUUUUCUCCAUGAAGAAUCGAGACUGAAAAUUGUUCACAGGGACAUCAAGGCCACUAAUGUGCUGCUUGACAAAAACUUGAAUGCAAAAAUAUCAGACUUUAGAUUGGCUAAGCUUUAUGAAGGGGAAAAUACCCACAUAAAGCACACGAAUAGCUGGGACCUAGAAAAUGUUUUGAAAGAGGAUGGCUAUCUAGUGGAGCUAGUUAAUCCAAGGUUGGGUUCAGAAUUUGACAGGAAGGAGGUAAUGGUGAUGAUCAACGUGGCUCUCCUAUGCACUAAUCCAUCUUCAUCACUGAGGCCCCCCAUGUCUUCAGUGCUAAGCAUGCUUGAAGGCAGAACUGUUGUUCCAGAGUUCGUUUCUGAUCAAAGUGAGGAAGCGAAUAUGAUGUGAAGUUAGAGGCAAUGAGACAGUGUUACCGAGUGAUAUAAGGCAAUCAGACAAAUGAUGAGACUGACACUCACACCAAGAGUCCCUUAGGGACCCCCACUUCAUCUACAUCAGGUAGAGAUCUGAAUUCUUUUCGUCUAGAUUCUUCGUAAUGGGAGAAGAGAAAGUUCGAGACCCCGGGGGGGGGGGGGGAACUCAAUUUAUAUCAUCUGGGAUUGCAGCAUGGUGGAGGGGUCGUUUUGGUUUGUGCUUGGUCUUGAACUCACCUUGUAUCCCCCCUAAAAUAUAAGCAUACAAAAUUAUCAAUGGUAGGAUUCAGACUUAAGAUGAAAGAUGGUUGUGUUCUUAGCAUGUUGGUGAAGGGAAUGAGAUGAAGUUAGAGGCAAUGAAACAGUAUCACACUGGAUAGUUCACCUUACUAGGAUAUGGACCCGUAAUCCUUGUUUUUAUCAUGGGAU